AUGACCUCCCUCUUGGAUAUGCCACUGGAGCUGCUGGUCCAGAUAUCUACCUAUGUCACUACUCCUGAUCUCAGCGCCCUACGACUCACCUGCAAACAACUGGAAAGGUCGUUGUGGGAAUGGUUCGCCGACGAGUUCUUCGUCAAGAAGCAAUUCAUGAUCACGCAUCCGUCUCUACAAGCUCUCGUCGACAUAUCUCGUCACCCGAGCCUUUCAAAGAAGCUCAGAUAUGUCAUCAUCAGUACCCAUGUCUACGACAUCAAUGCUGUGAGAGGGUCGUUUAGGAAUCAAAAGGCACGCGACAUCUACAUGCGAGCUUCUGCAGACCAGGAAUACUUGAUGAAGAACGGCAUACACCGUGAGAUGUUGACCGAAGCGUUCACGAGUCUCGAGAACUUGGAGACGGUUGACGUCCGCGAUUUCAACGCUUCACGCCAACGUGAUGGGACCGACUGGAAAUCGUGGGGUGUGACGACACUUUAUGAUCUUACUGGUCACCUUCCUGGCCUCUAUGAGAUCCACGGCAUGAACGAGGCGUUUCUGGCGAACCUCUUCUCGGCACUUUUUUGCUCUCUAGGCCUUGCUGGACGGAUCUUGCCGCGAUUUCAAGUGUUGUUCCGCAAAGGCAUUGCACUUCCGGAUGCUGCAUUCUUUCUGCCCGGAUUUGUCUAUCCGGCCAUCCAGCCGGUCCUUCGAGAGCUCAAGGUCCUCCAUUUGACAGUCAAUCUUUCCGCCAACCAAACGGCACCGGAAUGUUCUCGUCAUCUUCGUCAAUUCCUCAUUUGUACCCAAGGCCUGACGGAACUGCGUCUCAAUUUCCAUAGGUCGGUCACCGGGGCCAACGAAGACUUUCUCUUUUGGAUCGGCAAAUCGCCAACCUCUCCCAUGCAGCUUCCACAAUCGACACAAACCGUUCACGAUAUUGUGCCCCCUGCCUCACUCUCCCACCUGAAGACGUUGGAACUAGGGUUCGCCCGAACAAGCCCUGAGCCACUGCUCAGCGCGAUCAAAAAGUUCGCUCCCACACUUGAGAAACUCAGUCUGUGGCGAAUCUCUUUCCCCACUCAGGAUCGCCCAGGAGAUUAUGCUCAAUGGACUCAGUUUUUCAGGGAUAUCUCCCUGAUUCCUCUCCCCGCGUUGAGCCACUUGAAGCUUGGAGGUCUCUCCCACUAUAGCCCAAAUGGCAUGAUAUACCAUGAUGUCAUCGGCAGAGACAAGACUAGAAUCGACAGGGAGUAUUCAGGCGACGACAUGUCGGGCUUCCUACAAGCUCUGGCUGAUGAGAUCAUCGUCACGCCGCCGGUCGUUCGAAAUUACUCUGCAGCGGAUCUGGGAACGGACAGCGAUGAGGAGCACGAUGACGAACAGGAUGACGAGGAUGAAGACGAUGAAGACGGGUCGUACAGCGACUAG